UCCUGAUUGGUGGACAGGGUGUCGAUCACAUGCCUUGCGGCCGUUCUGCGCAGGCGUAGCUGCUUUCCUGGCGGUUCGGGUGGGUGAGCGGAGACGGUUCCCGACAUGGACCGCAGUGGCCCCGCCGGCUUCAGGCAGCCUACCAAGGUGAGAGCGAGGGUCCCAGGGCAGCCCAGUCACCUCUUCGAAGACACCAGUGGAAAUAUGGAUGUUCCCCCGUUUGAAUCUGGAUACGAGGGGCCUUCUUCGAGCUUUGGCCUGACGAGACCUGGCAUCCUUGCUGACCCUAUGGUGUCUGACUUGGCAAUGGCUUAUGGGAGCAGUUUGGCCAGUCAUGGGAAGGACAUUAUGGAUAAAAAUAUUGAUCGAUUUAUUCCAGUGAGCAGAUUGAAGUAUUACUUUGCUGUGGAUACUGUUUACGUUGGAAAGAAGCUGGGUCUCCUCAUCUUUCCGUACAUGCACCAGAACUGGGAAGUGCAGUAUCAACAAGACACCCCUGUGGCUCCCCGGGUUGAAGUAAAUGCUCCUGACUUGUAUAUUCCAGCAAUGGCAUUCAUCACGUAUUUACUGGUGGCCGGGCUUGCUCUUGGGACACAGAGCAGGUUCUCUCCAGAGGUUCUAGGGAUGCUGGCCAGCACUGCGUUAAUCUGGCUGGUCAUUGAAGUGCUUGCUAUCUUGCUCAGUCUCUAUCUCGUCACGGUGAACACGGAUUUAACCACCAUUGACCUUGUUGCCUUUGCGGGAUACAAAUACGUUGGGAUGAUAGCUGGAGUCAUUUCUGGGUUGUUGUUUGGAAGAAUGGGAUACUACAUUUCUUUGGGAUGGUGCUGCAUCUCGGUAGUGGUCUUCAUGAUUCGAACUUUGAGGCUGAAGAUCCUCUCGGAAGCUGCAGCUGAGGGAGUUCUAGUCCGGGGCACCAGGAAUCAGCUGAGGAUGUACCUGACCAUGGCCAUUGCUGCAGUGCAGCCAUUCUUCAUGUAUUGGCUCACCUAUCACUUGGUCCGAUAGGAGAACGGGAGAGCUUCCUGCUGUCCCUGGGGUGGGGCUUCACUGAUCCCUCUAGAUACCGGGGAUUGGCGAAUGUAAACAAGUCGGUCACUCUGGGUGGAUGCAGCAAGACUUGGCUGCCUUCCCAAAUAGACUGCUGGGGGUGGGUGAGAAGGGGUGUGGGUGGGAUAUCUCACUGAACAAGGGGGGGGUGGUAUAAAGCUGUGUGCAUGCAUCCUCCCCUGGGUGAGGGGUCACAAGAUAGUUUAGUCUCCCCAAAGAGGAUGUGACUAUCCAAUUUCCAAUGAAGGUAGGACAUUGAGGAAGGGAGGAAACACAUGAGACUGUCUUCUCUGAGGAAUGGAUGUGGAAUGUGGCUGUUUCAUCCGCAGCGGAACUUUUUCAACUGGACUACCUGUAUAAUUAACUGAGAUUCAUGGGUUUUGAAUUUGCAGGAAAGUCAAGCUGAUGGACAAAUCUGUGGUGAAUCUGCUUACCACUGAGGGGAAUAUUUUAAUAUCUAUUUAUAAACAGAGGAAAUUUAAAAAAAACUGUUGUUCAUCAGUGUUGUAAUUAUUUCAUCGGGACAGCUUCCCUUUCAUGUCCAGACAGAUUUUCUUCCAAGUUAAAGAAAUGUAAUUCUGAUGCCUCACUGAACCACUUGUUCAGUGCUGACUGUUCCCAUGCAGCAGGCUCCCCCUCCACGCAGCUGAUCAAUCCAAAGAAAUGGCCGAGAACAUUGCAGGAAUUGCCAGUCAGCGUUGAGUUGACUCAAUGUAGUUGAGUUAGGAAUUCCAGCUCCAGAUUUUCCCUCCGGGUUAACUCCCAAAGCCUUAACCAUAUAACAUAUAACAAUUACAGCACGGAAACAGGAAGCGAGCAUAGAACUUGCAGUACUGGGGCAGCUUGUCAACUAAAGAGAGGAGUGUUCUUUAUGUAGCCAACUAUUAUCUGAGAUUAUGCCAGUGGGGGUGAGGCAGAAGUAGAUGUGGAGGAAACAACCAAGCAACAAAGAAUUGUCCAGGGCUCUGGGUAGAGAAGGGUUGAUUAAAUUGAUUGCUGCUACCUCUAGUGUUAGAUUCUGUGUCUUGGAAAAUGUCAUCCUGUUACACCCUCAAUUUCUCCCAUUAAUCCAGCUCCACUCCAGCUUGCUUGAAGAGCAAUGAAAUGUGGUUUACUUAUAAAAUCUUGUAAAAUCUG